UUAAACCUGUUAUUUUAACCCACAUUAAUGUUCAUACAUAGCUAGCGUAGUUCGAGGUAAUUAAUAUACCCGUUAAUAAACGAUACCGUUAAGUGACAAACGCUACAUAACAUUAUAUAUAUAUGUGGUUCAUGUCAUUUAACCAUUACACUUGAUACAGAUUUCGUACAGGUGCUUAAAAUCUUUGAAAAUGUUGAAAUUUUAAUGCUGUGUUUUCAAGGUCUGAAAAGUGCUUGAAUUUUAGUUUAAAUGCUUAAAAGGGCUUAUAAAGUGCUUGAAUUGAAUAGUAAAAUGUGUACGAACCCUGUAAAUAACCCUGACUUAAUUCAGUAUUAAAAUGUGUCAUUAAACAUCAAAACCAUAUUGAGAAGCCAAAGUGGAUAGAUGGACAAAUAAAGCAUUAUUGAUCUAAGGUAUAACAUUAACUAGCAUUGUCUUAUUAACUAAAAUUAAAUAGCUAUUGUUGCUUUAAUCAUUUAUGUUCUCCUGUUCUUACCCUCCUUUCCCCAUCCAGACGAGACCGAUGUACUGCCGCAUCAAUAUGAAUGUUCCAGUUCUCCAAAUAUUUUUUGAUGAUCAUGACACCAGGCGAGAUUUCAGGCUGAGCAGAGAGUCCCUGGCGGUGCUGCUGGACCUUCUCCACCAGGAAAGACGACACGGAUGGGGUGCCACAAUAGAGACCUUGGUCUUUCUCUUCUGGCUGGCGAGUGGGACAUCAUACAGGGUGGUCUCAAGGGCGUUUGGGAUGCCUCGCUCCACUGUUCACCGCAUCGUUCAUCGAGUUACUGAGGAGGUGGUGGCCAUUCGCCACAGGGUUAUCUACCUCCCCAAGACCGCUGACGACCUGGCGGCAGUAACUCAGGGGUUUGCAGGGCUGGCAAGACACAGAGCUUUUCUAAAAGCUGCUGGAGCAAUCGACGGCUGCCAUGUCAGGAUCAAGCCACCAAGCGGCCCUGAUGGUCAAUGCUAUAGGAAUCGCAAACUAUUUGCAUCUAUAAUUCUGCAAGCACUUUGUGACCAUCAGGGCCGCUUCAUCGACACGUACGUGGGCUGGCCGGGGUCGGUGCACGACUCCAGGGUACUCCGGCACAGCCCACUGUACAGGCGUGCCAUCUACCCUCCUCCAGGGUACUUCAUCUUGGCAGACGGUGGGUACCCGUGCCUCCAACAUCCACUCCCCCUCAUCACUCCCUACAAGCAGCCGGUACAAGGUGUGGGAGCCCAGCGCUUCAACAGCCAUCAUUCCAGGGCACGCUCCAUCAUAGAGCGUGCCUUUGGGAUGAUGAAGACGAGGUUUAGGGCCAUCUUCCUCCAAGCGCUGGAGGUGCACCACACCUUUGUGCCUCAGGUCAUAACAGCAUGUGCCGUCCUGCACAACAUCUGCCUGGGUGCUGGUGACAUCAUGGCCCCAGAGGAUGAAGUGCAGGACGACAUGCCGGAGGAUGAGGGGGAGAACGGGUUGGAGGCAGUCAGUGGUGCUCCAUGGCGGAACCAGCUGUCUGCAGAGGUGUCUGCCCUGGAGGAGGGUGUCCUCGACCAUGAUUACCUUUAGAGGUGACAUGGCAGCCGUCGAUUGCGUCAGCCCUGCAAACCCCGUUGAUGGACGAUGUGGUGGACAGUGGAGACAUGCAUCCCCCACCCCUGACAUGAUGUCCCACUCACAGCCAGAAGACUCCAGGGUCUUUAUUGUGGCAUCCCAUCCAGUCCAGCAGCACCACCAGGGACUCCUGCUCAGCCAAUAAUUAAACUGUAUAUAUGUUCUCUAUAAAUAGUAAUUUCUGAUCUUUUGUAAAUAGUUGUACAUGUUAAGAAUACCCAAUAGUUAUAGUUAUAAAUGUUCAUAUUGUAUCUUUGUAAAUAUUUGUUAAUCACAGAAAAAAUAAAUUACUUGUGUUGUCACUGAAAAGGAGUUCAAAAGUUUACUUUAGUUGUAAAUAAGAAAUGGAACAGAUAAUGUAACAAGGUUAUAAGAUUUUAAUUUAACUAUAUACAAUAUUUAGAACAGAAAAUGGAACAAGGUUACAAGAUUUUAAUUUAGAACUAUAUACAAUAUUUUUAAUUAACACUUUAAAUAAGAAACACAGAACUUAAUCGAACAGAGAAAAAAAACAUCCAAAAAAAAAAAAAUCACUGUCUGUCAACCAUCCUCUCCAAUAAGCUGAAAAGUCUCUCCAUCCUCUCUCUGCUCUCUCUUUCUCUCCUCUGCCUCCCUCUGCAACCUCAUGUCUUCCCUGAUCAGGUCUAUAAUUUCAUUAUCUCUUCCCCUUCUUCUCUUUCUUUUGCCUGUUGUUGCUGGCCCUGGCUGCCUUUCCUCAUCC